GAGUUGUCAAGACUAAUUUGUUUUCCUAUACCGUUUGUAAACAGGCCGGGGACGCCUGUGCUUAGAGAGACUUCUUGUCAGUGAAAAGUCAGUGUUUAGCGUCGAAUUUGAACUUACUGUUUAGAACAUGGUCUAUCUACAUUUUCCUUCUAAUAAAACAGAAGAGGAGUUAAUGUUACAGGCAAAAUACGCGAAAUUAAAGAAAAAGAAGAAAGCUGUCCAGGCUUUAAAAUCACCUCGUCCAGAGCCAGAGAGGACACCACAAACACCAAAGCGACCAGCUGAGGCUAGAGAUGCAAGAGAAGUGGCAAAGAAGCUCCUGAAGUCAGGUGCAAUAACUGCCAUACCAAAAGCCCCUCAAAGGCCAGAACAGGCUGGAUUUAAAAGACCAAGAAAUCUCAAAAGAAAAUUUCCAGGAACUGAAAAGACUGUUAGUGGUUACCAGCCAUUUUCUGCUACACAUCCAGAGGAUCUAGAAGCAGAUAACAGACCUAAAGUUAAGAAUCUAUAUGAAAGUUUUGUCACUGCUAGAGACAGAGAAGAGAGAGGCAGACCAGAUAAGCCAAGGCAGGGAAAUACCAUAUUUGUUGCAGGUCAUAAAAUAACAGAAGAUUAUCUUCGGAAAGAAUUCCAGCGUUAUGGCAAUAUUGUCAAUGUCACAAUGGAAAUCGAAAAGAACCGAGGUUUUGUAACUUUUGACAAGAUGGAAGCAGCUGCAGAUGCUAUUAGUGAGACUGAUGGAUCCAUUGUAUCUGGCAUACAGUUAAAAGUUUCUUUGGCCAGGAGGCAGCCUGUCAUACAGCCCAUUAAUGAUGCAUCAUCAUCUUCGGCAUGGUCUACAAUAGCUGCCAGCCAUUCCCAGAAAGGAAGCCAUAAGGACAAACGGGAAAUAGUUACCUACGAUGAUGACGACAUAUUUGGAUGAAUACUUCUUCUGUGAGGCAUUGUAUGCUGUUGCUGGCUUAUGUAUAUUAACAGAGAAUUUUAUUGCUGUGAAUUGUGUAAAUAUCAAACUUUUUGAUAUGUUUUAAAUUGCCUACAGGAAACUGUGGUUGUUUAAGUUGUACAGUCAUAUGUCAUUUUGAAAUCUUAUAAAAUUUUAUUAAACUGAUAUUUAUUUCUAUUCAGGCACAUGAAGAAAAUGAAAACUUCCUGUAGGUGACUGCUUUACAUUAGAAUAGCUAUACCUUUGUUCUGUAGGUCCUCAAGGAUGUAGAACAUGUCACAAAACAAGAAUAUGUAAUACAUAUUUACAAAAAUAGGAGAGGGGCAUCCUUCCACAGAACCUAAUUGAAAUGGUCCGCAGUGCUCAGUUACAACAUGUUGUAGAGCAAGGAUGUUAGCUUCCAAAUAAAAUGUGCUUCAUACAGUCUAUAUUAUUUUUUGGUAGCGCCACAGUGCAUUUUGAGUUUUAUUCCCUCACCUUCAGGUGGAUAGGCUUGUUACCCUAUGCAGUGAUGUUGAACUACAGUGUUUUACAUCCUUUGUUUCACAUUCAUUACAUCUCUUGGGCCUUAAAAAAAGUGAGUGGGACUCUGUGCAUUUUGAUUCCCUCCAGUAAGGGCAGUGACAAUUCCUUAACGUUACAGAGCCAUGACAUCAAGUAACAUUGGAGAAAAGUGACCAUAGUAAACCAAAUAUGUUACCUAUAGAAAGCCAACUAGGUCACAAGGUAAUGAGUCAUUAACUGAAUAUAAAAUGUUGUAAUCGUGACCGGAGAAAGCGCGGUGGGACCAAACAGAGAGCGGCCCGUGAACAAACAAAUGAACGGAAAGGACAGGCAUGAAACAACGAUGGACGAUCGAGAGAGACCUUACAAUGACAACACGCAAGAAGCAACAGAGUGACAGAGACAACCAAAUGAAUCCAAGACGUCCACUAGUAAUGAAAACAAAGAAUGGUAAACAUGCUGUCCGUCGUCGAGGCGAUAUGUCAAGACGCAUACAACGAAUAGACUUGCUCGCUGAGCGAGAGGCAGGAGCUUAAAUACAUGAUUGGGGGUGCCGCCAUUGGCCACUGGUACUACGUGUUCCACUGUGGCGCCCUCACACUAAAUGUGGGCCAGGAGACGCCCGCCGCCACGGCUUAUGGCACGAUGGUGCAGAGACCUCUAGGGGUCUUCGAUGUCCAUGACAUCUGGUGCGGAUUCAAAUUCUGCUGCGCGCGGUACCAGAAAAAGACUUCAUUGAUCCAGAAUGACACAUUUUGGCAUAUGCCAUUAUCAGAUAACCCUAGCACUGAAGUCUAUUCAUUCUGGUUAGGUUAAUAUCAUAUAACUAGUAGGUCUAUUUGUUACCUUCAGUGCUAGGAUUAUCUGAUGAUGGCAUAAGCCAAAACACAUCAUUUUCGACCAAUAAAGUCAUUUUGUAUUCGGUUAAUGACUCAUUACCUUGUGACCUACUGAGCUUUCAACAGACUACAUAUAUAAUCCCUUGACAGAGAAAAGAAUGUUAGUACUGAUACUGAUAUGGUGAUUGAGCUUCACCAGUUGUUGUGGUUCGACUGUUGCCAGCAACACUGCUCCCUGCCAUAAUUAGAAACUUAGGAUCAAAAAGUUCCACUGUUCGAACUGCAGUGCCAUGAAGACACUUGCCCAUGGUCGUAUGUCCAGGCUUCUUACUCCAGCCAGAUUCCAUGUGGAUGCCAUCAGAAAGAAAUUGUUAUGGAACUGUUUGUAAACUGGGCAUUUAUUCUGGCAGAACUUUUUCAUUUAUUUUAUUGAUGACUUUGCUAUUCUACAGCUAUCAUGUCUAUGUAUUUUUCUCAGAAGACCCUAAUAGAUAUAAAAUAGACUUCAAACAAGAAGCUGAAAGAUGUCUGUCUGAUGACUCCUACUCUAGAAAAAUAUCUGAAUGUGUAAUAAUAUAGUGUAUGGAAAGAAAGGUAGCUUAGGGCAAUCAUUUAUAAUGUCACGUUGCCAUUUCUUUUUACUGAGGAAGUGCAAUGUAUUUGUUAACUGAGUCGA